AUGACUUUUGACUUAUCCAAUAUCGUGCGUCCCAAAAUCCUAGGUUUAGAACCUUACAGAUGCGCAAGGGACGAUUUCACAGAAGGAGUUCUUUUGGACGCUAAUGAAAAUGCGUUUGGUCCUACUUUGGAGAAAAAAGAUGUUGAUACGCAAUUGCACCGGUACCCCGAUCCGCAUCAAAUAGAAUUUAAAACGCGGAUGGCAAAAUUCAGGAAUGCCGAAUCUGCUUUCAAAGGCCAAGACAUUACACCUUUGACUGCUGAUAACCUGUGUUUGGGCGUGGGCUCAGAUGAAAGUAUCGAUGCCGUGAUGCGUGCGUGUUGUGUACCAGGCAGAGACAAGAUUUUGAUCCUGCCACCUACAUACGGCAUGUACUCGAUUUGUGCCGAGAUCAACGACGUUGAAGUGGUCAAAUGUCCCCUCGUGGUCAAGGACAAUUCCUUUGACGUUGACACGAACCAAAUUUUACACCUUUUGACGGACGACCCACUGAUCAAACUUGUUUUCAUCACUUCUCCAGGCAACCCAACGGGCGCCUACAUUGAACCUACCAGGCUCGAAAAAAUCGCGUCUCAAUGGCAAAAUGGGUUUGUGGUCGUCGAUGAAGCGUAUAUCGAUUUCUGCUCCAGAGGCGGGUCUGCAGCCCCACUUGUGAACAAAUUCCCAAAUAUUGUCGUUUUACAAACGCUUUCCAAAUCGUUUGGGCUCGCGGGUGUGCGUUUGGGUGUCACGUUUGCAAGCAAAGAAAUGUCGCGCGUGCUUAACGCUAUGAAAGCACCAUACAACAUCUCCCAUUUGGCUUCGGAAGUAGCACUCGAGGCAAUGCAACCAGAGAAUCUGGCCUCGAUGAAAAAAAAUGCUGAAGUGAUCAGCUCGGAAAGGAGACGCGUCUUGGCCGAACUAACUGCUUUGGAUGGCGUUCAAGACCAUCAAGUCGGUGGCUUGGAUGCUAAUUUCAUAAUGGUUCGCGUCAAUAGUGGCGACAACAAAAUUGCUAAAGAAUUAUACUACAAGCUAGCCACGGAAUCCGGUGUGGUUACGCGGUUCAGAGGAUCUGAGUACGGUUGUGAUGGCUGUCUUAGAAUCACGAUCGGAACACCACAAGAAAAUGACUUGUUGAUCAAGGAAUUCAAGAACAUUUUACAGAUUUUACUGCAAUAA